CGAGUUUUAUCAGAAAAUCGUUGAAUGUUUCUACGAAAUUUGUUUGUCGCGUUAGCCAAUGCCAAAGAGUGGAAAAAGCACUAGAAGCUGAAAAGAAAUAUGAGACGUGGUAAACCACAGCAGGAGAUAUACAGACCAGGCAGUGGACCCCUCAGAAAAUCAAACACAGCAACCGAAGAGUCUGAACCCGACACCAACCUAAUACUGACCAAAUCCAAGACUUACGCGCACGAUGAGACCAGGUACAAAUCGGAGCCCUUAACGGAACCCAAUCCCCAGCGCAAAACCCGCAAACCCGAACAGAUGAUCUACGUUCCUCGACCUGUGGCCAACGCCAGGGAAAUGUCGCAAGACAACGACCGACACUCCGCCACCAACGGCAACUACGACGACCGUUAUACCUCGAGAUCGAAACGCUAUUCAAACCGAAGGCGCAACGAUAGCGGCAACUCUGACUUCCACGAUGAGUGGAGGCAGCGCCAAGGCUCCGAACCCAAAGGCAUGCCCAACGGGGGCAGCUCGCAACGAAUGAGGGAAUUAAGGGACACGAGGAGCGUGGAACCCUCGGGACCGCUCCCGUCACGCAAUUACGAUAAAGGUCACACGAAGCCUCCCAGCGGACGUCGCCACAGCACAAUAGGGGUGGAGUCCGACAAAAGGCCCAUCCACAAAUCUUUAAACGUAGACAAGCUGCCUCCGCGACUGCGCAAGAAGAUGCUAGAAGACAAUAAACUAAAUCAAGGUGUCGAUGAUAAUUGGAAUGGUGCUAGUAUGACGUUUCAGGGUAGUAGUAAUUAUCACCCCGUCGGGGGUUACUCAUCACAUAACACAUACCCCAACCAAAACGUGUCUUAUUCUAAUAUGGGGUACUGCACUUUACCUAAUAGACAGAGGGGCAGAGGCCGUUUGCAGUCGGAUUACGAGAUGAACCCUUCAUACAGGUCGCGGACUCCAGAUUUGGGUGUUUCGAGUCCCUCCAAUUCACGGCCAGCGACGCCGCCCUAUAGUAGAGCUAGGAGUAACGAUAAUUUAAAUAAGCCCGAUAGCCGGCCACAAUCACCUGCUAAUUUUUAUGGAAGGAAUUACGAGCAUCGGAGGAACGGACGGGAGAGGAAUAAUAGGAGAAACCACUUUGGGAAUGGCAGGUCGAGGGAUGAUAGAAGGAAUCAGAAUUACGAAGUGCAGGAAGAGACGUGGGACGAUGUGGACGAAAAGGGUCCCGCUAAAGUUGAAUAUCAGGAGAGUUCGUCGCCUGUGACGCCUCCGACGCCGGAAGAGAAGGUCAAAGUUAGCGUAGCUCCUAUUACCAACAAUGCGAUUUUGGAUUGGAGCGAAGAGGUCGAACUCAACGACCGCCUUGAAGCCGAAGCCUUAAGUGAUGCGAUGACCCGCAGCUCAUCAGUAACAAGUUUAGUCGACAUCAGUGUCAAAUCCAUGCCUCCAAACCUUACCAACAAUAAUACCAAAAAAUCACGAAAACGUAGCAGUCGAAGAAACAAGCGCCGUAGUAGCAGCCGCGCCCGCGACGCCAGCCUCGAUUCCAAAUCCCGCCAAACCGACAACUUCAAAAUGCCCUCCGAACCCCGCGGCCGCCGCCACCGCCGCCACUCCCGCGACCGCCGCGACACGAGUUUCGACCGACGCUCGCGCGACCCCAGCUUCGACCGCAAUCGACGCGGUUCGACCGCCGAGCCGGAAAACUGGCGCGAAGAAAUCAGGAGCCGCCAGAACUCGGAACGGGACUCGGACAGAAGCCGAAAGAACUCGGAACGGGAGAACGACAAAAUCGUGAAGAAGGCCGGGGUGCUGGUGCUGCCACAAAAACAACCCGAGGUGCCCCAAGCCGAUCAACCGAAGUACCCCGAAGUGCGCAAACCCUGCCAGCAGAAGAGCUUGUUCGACCAUAACAAUCCUAGCAAACCCAUCAUCGUCAAGUCGCAGAGCUCGAGGGUGAGCGUUCCCGGAUUCUCAGACAACACCGAGGCGGCGCCACCUCAGAUGUACACCACGGAUCAGUUUGGGAAUAUUCGGCCGGCGUGGUACGACGAGACUUCGGAGGGUUUUAGUUCUUGCCAUUAUCCUAAUUUGAUCAAGGACGUGAAGAGGGCUGAUAAUGAGUUGCAAUAUAUCAUGAAUUCGGGGCUGGUUUUGAUCAAUUGGGGGACUGUGGAACAGCUGAGGCAGUUUUUGAAAGAAGGGCUUCAGUAUUUGUUGUGUAAGGAUUUGAAGUUUUGUCAGACUGAGAACGUCGAACAGCAUCUGUGGAAGAUUCUCUAUCAUAAUAUCAUAGAGGUUACGAGGAAGGCUAUCACUAACGAUCCCGCUAAUAAGGAACAGUAUAAAGUGUUCUUGCUUUAUUUGAUUGAUGAGGGUACGAACUACUUUGAGAGUUUGCUUGAUUCUUUGGAAGAAACCUACAAAUUUAAGUUGAAUAAUUAUUUGGGUAACAACAAUAUGGCACAACCGAAAGGUCUAGGGUACAUCGGACUUGCGUUGAUCUCGGCGCAAAAGUUACUUUUAUUUUUGGGAGACCUGGGAAGAUAUAGGGAACAAGUUAAUGAGACUUCCAACUAUGGAAAGUGUCGGCAGUGGUACAUCAAAGCUCACGAAAUCAAUCCAAAGAACGGAAAGCCAUACAAUCAGUUGGCAGUACUGGCGGUGUAUGCUAGGCGAAAACUGGACGCUGUUUACUACUACAUGAGAAGUUUGAUGAGUUCAAAUCCCGUUCCAUCGGCCCGCGAAUAUUUAAUUUCUUUGUUCGACGAAAACAGGAAGAAGUAUCUUCAUCAAAUGAGCUACGAACAGGGCGAACGCAAGCGUCGCGAGGAGCGCCUGGAGCGUGCCAAGCAGCACAUGAAGCAGAAGGAGUCCGAGGACCCGGAGAACGCGCCCGGAGCGCUCCGGCACGAGACUUGGUUCCGGCCGGACGGCGGUAGGCGGGUGCACAGGACGACGCAGGCCGUCCAGGAGCAGAAGGACUCCGAGGAGGAGGACCUGGCGGCGCUCAGCAGCGUCGAGGUGAACAAGAGAUUCGUGAUCAGCUACUUGCACGUCCACGGCAAGCUAAUAACGAGAAUUGGAAUGGAGAGCUUCCAGGAGACCGCCAUGCAGAUGCUGAAGGAGUUUCGGGCGUUGUUGCAACACUCGCCGGUGCCCCUGCCGUGCAACAGGUUCUUGCAACUACUGGCACUCAACAUGUUCGCCAUCGAAAGCACCCAAUUGAAAGAUCCGCAACUGCAGAUGCAGGCCGGUUACCGUUCCGAAUUGCAGGAACGCGCCCUUGUCGUGUCCUUGCAGAUGUUCAACUUGAUUUUGGAACGGUGCGUGUCCCUUUUGCAAGAGAGCAGCCGUGAUCAUCUCAGCUCUCUGCCCCUGGACGUCCAUGUUCUCUUGCCGGCCGUCAAAAUCUGGUGCGACUGGAUGCUCUGCCAUUCUUCCAUAUGGAAUCCGCCGCCGUCCACGCAGGAUUUCAGGGUUGGAGCACCUGGUGACGCGUGGGCCCGCCUGGCGACCUUAAUGAAUCUUCUGGAGAAGUUACAUCAAACUGCAGCCAAUGCUCUCGUGUCGGAAUACAAGGAAGGUUAUGAGCAGGUGAAGCUGCCGGAGGACAGCGUCUUGAGCGGUUUCACUCCGUUGAUGGUCAACGAGCCCGACAUCAGCUACGCUCCCAAAGAUCUAGAUAUCGAAGUCGCGCAGUUUGCCCUCCGAAUGGACAAACUCCUCUUUUUCGGAACGGUCUUUUUAUGCGGCUUGGAGCCGCCCGUUCUCAAGCUCGAGAUCGAAGAUGACUUCAGGGAGUACGUUUCGGUGGUGUGUACGUCCAACAGCAGGGAUUCACCGGUAGCCGCCCAGGAUCUGGUUCGCAACAACGACGUCCUGAUGGAGAGCUUCAGCGACGAAGAAGAAGAGGAGAUGUCGAACGGACCUGGUGAAGAGGCCCCGUCGGAGGUGCGAGAGUUGCUGUGUCGGAAAGUGGAACUGGAGAGAACCCAGCGGCGCCAAGAGCUGCACAAACAGCGCGUGAAGAAAAUCUUGAGUCAGGCCGUGGUCAGCGUGCACAUCGAGGUGCGGCCGAAGUACCUCGUCCCCGACACCAACUGCUUCAUCGACCAUCUGGACAGGAUAACCAUGAUCACAGCAUCUCACGUCUACACCCUCAUGGUGCCCAUUGUCGUGCUCAGCGAGCUGGAGGGCCUGAGCAGGGGCGGCAAGUCGCCGGCGCCGUCGACGAGGAGCUCGCUCGAUCCCCAGCACGUUAAGAAGGUGGCGCAGGCGGCGAAGAAGGCGCUCGCCUUCCUCAAGAGCAGGCCUCAGGCAGUGAAAUGCGUCACGACGAAGGGGGCGGUUCUUUCUUCCACCACGUUCACGACGGAAGACGACUCUACGUUGGACGCGACGUUCAAAAACGACGAUAAGAUUUUGGCAACGUGCUUGGUGCUGAGCAAGGGACAUAGGGAGCAGCAAAGCGGAAGCGAAGAUGAACCCAAGAAAUUAGUUAGCGAAGUGGUACUAUUGACAGACGACCGAAACUUGCGUGUAAAAGCGCUAGCGAGGGACGUGCCCGUGAGGGAGCUUGUAGAUUUCAUGCAGUGGGCCGGACUAGGAUGAACCUCGAAGAAUCCCAGGCGCUAAUAAGAGCAGUCACUAGCAAAAAGGGCGAGAUCUCGAGAUAACGGUGAGUUUCUGGGAGUCGGAUCUGCGACGAGUCGACAAAACAGUGUGGAGAUUGUGUUUCUGUUUUGUUCGUCUAGUGUAGACCUACCCUAAGAUCUCAUCGGUUCGGUUUUUGUCUAAAGUUUUUCCAUUUCCAGAUUUAUGACCUACGUACUUCUCACUUCUAGACAAGAAUUCAUGUACUUGUUUAAGUUAAAUUAAUCGUUAUUGUAGUUUAUUUAAUUUAGCGUGGGGUUUGACGUCACCUCUUUAACUGUUUUACACGUUCGAUCGGGUUGUGAGAUGUUGCAUUCCUCGUGUCUCCCGAUUAGGUUGUUAACACGCAUACACACAAUACAAACAAAAUUAGCGCAUCGUGCCAUUUCUAUUUUAUUUAUGUAAAUUGAUUGUUUUUUAUAUACACAGUAUUUACCCCCCUCAGAUCUUGGGUUUUAUUUUUCUCUAGCACCUAGUGAGAUAAUGUAUGUACUUAUUUUAACUUUUUUUAUAUAUCACAAUAUAUAAAAAUCUCUGUCUUUAUUCUUAAUAUUUUUUUGUUUGUUUUUUUUUUAUUAACGAUUAAGAGAUAAACUUACAUACUGUAUUUAGGAUUUAUACAAGUAAAUUAUAUGAACUGUUGUUAAUUAUUGCAAUUGUUUUGCUCAGGAAUUUAUUGUACAUAAAUAAAUAAUAUGAUUACGUA